UUCGUCGAGUUGUGUCAGAGAGUGAACAUCAACAAUUUAUUUUCACUGCACUGUUCCUUCAGAAAAAUACGGAAAAAUACGUUUAAACGUAUAAAAUAAAGUGAAAUUCCACGAAAAUGGCAAGAGGAAAUGGAAGUGGGCGCGUCAGGGAGAGACGCAGCGAGCGUGGAGAUUCCCCGGAAAGGAAACGAGCAAGGCGAUCAAAAUCCCGGGAGAAGGAUCGGAAAUCCAGAAGAGAGCGUCGGGAGAAGAGUCCAAGUCGUCGGGAUCGGCGUGAGAAGAAGGUGGGGAGCUCUUCAAAGACAAGCCGUGUGGCAAAGGAGCGCGAAGCAGCGAUAAAGUUGGCAAAAACGAGGGAAAGGGAGAGAAAUAUGGAGAAGGAAGCAAAAGAAGUGCCCGAAAUGAAGGAGGAGUCCUUCGAUAUGGGAACAAUUGACAAGGAGGAGGAACAGAAGAGGCUGGAGCUGGAGAUGACAAAGAGACGUGAGAGAAUUGAACGAUGGCGUGCUGAGAGGAAGCGCAAAGAGCUGGAAGGGAAGAAGGGUGGUGUGUUGGCCAAUAUAACACUUCCAUCGGCAAAGAAGUGGAGCUUAGAGGAUGAUUCGGAAGAUGAGGCGGCUGAGGAUGCAAAAGAUGGGAAGGAUGGUGCAGCUGAGGAGGAGGAAAUUGAUCCACUUGAUGCAUUCAUGCAGGAAGUGAAUGAGGAAGUGCGAAAGGUGAAUAAGCAACCAGUGAAGAAGCCCGGCACGGGGGUGGUGAUCAUGACGGGUGUGGCGAAGAAGACGGAGAGUACAAAGAAGAAGGGAGAAUUGAUUGAGCAGAAUCAAGAUGGGCUGGAGUACUCAUCAGAGGAGGAAGUUGAGGAUAUUAAGGACACAGCGGCGAAUCUCGUGAAUAAGCACAAAAAGGAAUUGGCCAAGAUUGAUCACACGGGCGUCAAUUAUGCCCCAUUCCGGAAGAAUUUCUACGUGGAAGUUCCGGAACUGGCAAAACUGACAAAUGAGGAGGUUGAGAAGUACAGAUCCGACUUGGAGGGGAUUCAGGUGAAGGGAAAAGGAUGCCCAAAGCCCAUUAAGACUUGGGCACAGUGUGGGGUGUCCAAGAAGGAAUUGGAUGUGCUGAAGAAGUUGGCUUUCGAUAAACCAACACCAAUUCAGUGCCAAGCUAUUCCGGCAAUUAUGUCCGGAAGGGAUUUGAUUGGAAUCGCCAAGACGGGCAGUGGGAAGACACUGGCCUUCAUCCUUCCGAUGUUCCGGCAUAUCCUCGAUCAGGCACCGCUGGAGGAUGGCGACGGGCCCGUAGCCAUCAUCAUGACACCCACACGGGAGCUCUGUAUGCAAAUCGGCAAGGAUAUCCGGAAGUUCUCCAAGUCACUCAAUCUCCGGGCUGUCUGUGUGUACGGCGGCACGGGGAUUUCGGAACAAAUUGCCGAACUGAAGCGUGGCGCAGAGAUCAUUGUCUGCACACCUGGAAGGAUGAUUGAUAUGCUUGCCGCCAAUUCGGGGCGCGUGACAAAUCUCAAGAGGGUCACGUACAUUGUCCUCGAUGAAGCUGACCGGAUGUUCGAUAUGGGCUUUGAGCCACAAGUUAUGCGAAUAAUCGACAACAUACGCCCAGAUCGUCAAACAGUCAUGUUCAGUGCGACCUUCCCGCGUCAAAUGGAGGCACUCGCCCGGAGGAUCCUCAAGAAACCCAUAGAGGUCCAGGUGGGGGGACGUUCAGUGGUGUGCAAGGAUGUUGAGCAGCACGUUGCUGUGCUGGAGGAUGAGGCGAAGUUCUUCAAGCUGCUGGAAUUGCUGGGACACUACCAGGAGCACGGGAGUAUCAUUGUCUUCGUGGAUAAGCAGGAGAAUGCUGAUAUCCUCCUGCGGGAUCUCAUGAAGGCCUCCUAUCCGUGCAUGAGCCUCCACGGGGGUAUUGAUCAAUUUGAUCGCGAUUCAACGAUUGUUGACUUCAAAUCAGGGCGCGUGAAGCUCCUCAUUGCCACCUCCGUGGCUGCCCGGGGGCUGGAUGUGAAGCAUCUCAUUCUCGUGAUUAACUACGACUGUCCCAAUCACUACGAGGACUAUGUGCACAGAUGCGGACGCACCGGGAGGGCAGGAAACAAGGGAUUCGCAUGGACUUUUAUCACGGAGGAUCAAGGAAGGUACGCUGGAGACAUAAUAAGAGCCCUGGAGCUGUCGGGAGCUCAAGUUCCGGAAGAUUUGAGGAAUUUGUGGAAUAUGUACAAGACGGGGCAGGAAGCUGAGGGGAAACGUGUCCACACGGGUGGUGGCUUCAGCGGGAAGGGCUACAAAUUCGACGAGCAGGAAGCAGCUGCCGUGAAGGAGAGUAAGAAGUUCCAGAAGGCCGCCCUGGGGCUGCAGGAUUCCGACGAGGAGGAUGACUUGGAUCAGGAUAUUGAUCAGCAAAUUGAGAAUAUGUUUGCGGCAAAGAGGAAUGUGAAGGAGGUUGAAGUUCCCGUUGUCACCAUGCCGACAGUCCACCACCAUCUGCCGCAGACAUCGUCAACGGAUAAACUGGAGUUGGCGAAGCGUCUGGCGUCACGGAUAAAUAUUGCCCGGAAUUUGGGAUUGGAAGCCAAGGGGGCGACACAGCAGGCAGCUGAGGCCAUACUCAAGGGGGCGGCGGCACAGCCAAUAAUAACGGCGAAAACGGUGGCGGAGCAGCUGGCGGCGAAGCUGAAUACGAAGUUGAAUUAUCAGCCGAAGGAGGAGGAGGAAAGCAAUGCGCAGGAGAAUGAGCAAACAUUCAAAAAGUACGAGGAGGAGUUGGAGAUUAAUGAUUUCCCGCAGCAGGCACGUUGGAAGGUGACAUCGAAGGAGGCUCUUGCACAGAUUUCGGAAUAUUCCGAAGCAGGACUCACCGUGAGGGGGACAUACGUGCCACAGGGGAAGCAUCCACCCGAUGGCGAAAGGAAAUUGUAUUUGGCCAUUGAGAGUUGCAACGAAUUGGCCGUGCAGAAGGCAAAACGGGAGAUUACGCGACUCAUCAAGGAGGAACUACUGAAGCUCUCAACGGCACAUCAUGUCUUCAACAAGGGGCGCUACAAAGUCUUGUAAAAUAUCCUACAACUCCCCCCCAUCUUUCCGGGCCUUCCGUCUCUUUGUCCCGGAGCAGUAGCAACUCUUCUCCUGCGCAGCCAAAAAUGCCGGACAUCCAAGCGCCAGGGUGCCAGUGAAGAGCAAUUUAGCCGUGGCUUUGCAUCCACGGAGCUGGAGCUCAUUGAAAUUGCGAUUUUGCUCACAUUGAUGGUACAGACACUUUUUGAAUUCCGCAUCACACAGCUCCUUGUCCGUGUUGCAUGUCCCAUAGCAAAUAUCAUGGGCAUUGCAGCAUUUCUCCAUCUCAGCUGCAGGCAGGAAUUGUUUGUCCACCGUCAAACCCAUUGAGCCACAACCAUUUGGUUCGGGGGUGUAGUACCAAUUCUGCUUUGGAGAUUCACCUGCCCAUUCAAAAGAAAAGAAAGAAAAUUCAUUAAAAAAAUUAGUUUUAGUAUUUUUUCCCCUAAAUCGUGUUGUAAUAAAAAAUAUUUAAAUGUUUUUUCAAUAAAGUACAACAAUUAAAUGAAAA